AUGCUUCGUCCAUCCUUUUGCAGAUGUCUUCCCGUGCUGAACUGCACGCUGAGCGCUCCUCAAUGUGCUGCUGCGAUUGACCGUUGCACACCGGUUGUUUACUCUUCACUUCCCAACGGAUGUCGUGUGGCCACCGAAUAUUUGCCAAAUUGUCAGUUUGCCACCGUUGGGGUGUGGAUUGACGCAGGCAGUCGCUUCGAGGAUAUUAACAACAACGGCGUUGCGCACUUUCUUGAACACAUGAACUUCAAAGGCACUGCAAAGUACUCCAAGCGUGCCGUGGAAGAUCUCUUCGAGCAUAGGGGGGCCCACUUCAAUGCAUACACUUCGCGUGACCGAACAGCAUAUUACGUGAAGGCGUUCAAAUAUGAUGUGGAGAAAAUGAUUGAUGUUGUCUCGGAUUUACUGCAAAACGGCAGAUACGACCCAAGCGAUGUCGAGUUGGAGAGGCCGACAAUCCUAGCCGAGAUGCGGGAGGUGGAGGAGCUGGUGGAUGAAGUGCUCAUGGAUAACCUCCAUCAGGCAGCUUAUGACCCGGCACACUGCGGGCUUCCGCUCACUAUUCUAGGCCCUGUGGAAAACAUUUCCUCCCGCAUAAACCGUGACAUGAUACAGGAGUUUGUUCGGGUGCACUACACCGGCCCGCGCAUGUCUUUCAUUAGUUCCGGUGGCAUCCAUCCAGAAGAAGCACAUAGGCUUGCCGAGAAGUUCUUUGGAAACCUCCCUGCAGCGAACAACUCCCCACUGCUGCAGUCACAAUACCGGGGUGGUUACACCGUGAUGUGGAACGAACAAAUGGCCACGGCAAAUACCGCUUUCGCGUAUCCUAUAUGCGGGGCCAUACACGACGACAGCUACGCACUACAGUUAGUUCAUAACGUUAUUGGGCAAGUGCGUGAAGGACAACAUGACCAAUUUGCUCAUCAGCGACUGAACCCGCGGCUCCCGUGGGAAAAGUUGUCAAACCUGGUCCAGCUGCGACCUUUCUAUACUCCAUACAAAGAGACUAGUCUCCUUGGGUAUCAGUUAGUUACUAUGCGCACGGCAGUCGCUGACGCCAACGGCGGUGUUCAGCGAGAUGAGAGCCAGACUGUGUUGCUGGAUCACAUGCUAAAGUUGUUUAAUGAGCUGUCUACCAAAGCUGUUGACGCUGCACUCCUCGAGGAGGCAAAAAGUGAGUAUAAGUCAUCGGUUAUGAUGAUGCGAGACAGCACAACAAAUAGCGCGGAGGACUUGGGUCGGCAGAUGAUUCACCUUGGCCGACGCGUGCCUCUGCGGGAGGUGUUCGAGCGAGUGGAUGCCGUCACUCCAGCAGUGUUUCGUGACACAUUAGCGAAGUACGUACAAGCGGUUCAACCUACAGUUUCGUACAUUGGUUCGGCCUCCGCUGUCCCUCGAUUUGACGCCCUCACACAAGUAAAGCACAUACUUUGA